CCCCUGCUGGUGGUGUGAUCAGGGAAGAAAAGGAAAGGAGAAUAAGGGGGCGCUGCUUUUCCGAUCCCCCCUCACCCCUCUCCCUCCCGCCUUCGACUUCCGAUGCGAGUGAGAUCGCAGACCGCGCCCUCCAUCGCCGAUCCGCAUGUGUUCCUAUCAGAAGACCAACACGAUUGGAUCUUUCUUCCUCUUUCGUUGUUAACCUUCCAUCGGAACCUCUGUCUGUGAAAAAUCCCGUAUUUCUUUGGUGCUUUUUCGCGCAAGAUUAACCCAUCUUUGUCCAUUCUUGGUUCCCCCCUCAGACCCCCGCAAUCCCUUCUUUGAACCCUGUAAAAUUCCCUUUUUUUUUGUUCGGUCUCUCUUUUUUGUUGGAUUUGGAGCUCGUCCUCUUCGCCUCGGUUGGACCCCGAGGAUUUAGGUUUAGGGAUAGGCGAAUCGGACUGUGGAGGCCUUCUUUGGUGUUCUGGAGAUCAGUUUUUGGGCUGUUGUUGUGUGGAUCUUUGUGGCUCCCGGAGCGCUGGGUGUUCCUUGCUGGGGUUCGUUUCCGUGUUGAGAAAGAAAAAGGAGGGUGUUACUUGAUCUCAAAUCGCGGUUACAGGGACUAGGGUUCGUCACGGUCUGAGGCACAGAAAGAAGACUGCGCUUUAAGAUUCGGGCGGGUUCGUCCGGGUUCCGGUAGAUCGGUUCAUCGAUUUCUGCAGCACCGUUUUGGUGUUUUUGGUGGUGAGCGGUGCUGUACUAGCGGGAACUGAUCUCGAUUCUUUCUGGUGCUUGUGACCUUCUCUUAUUGACCGUCUGUUGUUGGUUAACACCCAGUUCGAGGGUUCAUCCGGUUGGCUCGAAUAAUUGCUGGUGGUGAGUUGUGUCGAGAGCAAUGGAGAGGAUCUGAAUCUGGAAAUGUGUGUGAGGACAUGGUGCAGAGGCAGGAGCAUGGGCGGUGGUCCGUUCCCUUACUGGAACAGUUAUACUGCAUACUAGGAUUUCUAGUCAACCGAGGCUCACCGUGCAAUGUCUCGCUGCUUCCCAUUCCCACCACCGGAAUAUGAAAAGAAGACAAGUAGUGGCCACGUAGACUUACUAGCUGAGGAAUUUGCUGUACAUGUUUCUUCUUCCCGGCAUGCCAUGGGCUUUCAGUUCUAUUGGUACAAGAAUGAUGCUACGUGCCAACACUUGGUUCCUUUUUCCUGACAGCAGGCUAUCACAUAUGCCAACCAAUAUUAAACGUUGUUGGAAUCUAGUUAUUUUGGUGUGUAUAUUAUCAAAUAGAGGACAAACACAAAGAGAAGAAGCAUAAAAAGGAGAAGAGUGACAAAGGGAAGAGAGAAGGCAAAGAGAAAAAAGACAAAGAUCGAAGUAAAGAUAAACACAAGGAGAAGAAAGAUCGAAAAGAAAGGCACAAAGACAAGAAAAAAAAGGAUCAGGACAAGGAUAAACUAAAGACACCAUAUGAUAGGACUGACAAACAGACUGAUUCUCCCAAUGGAGAUAUGGUUGGAGAAUGCAGUUGGAAGGCAGAGGCAAUUAAACAUUCUAAAUCUACCGAGGAGUUGGGCAGGAAGAUCAAAGAUGGAGAUAAAGUGCCAGCAAACAGGAAAGUUGACAACUUCAGUGGCCCAGUUGAAAAAAGCAUUGGUAGCUUUGCUGUGCCUGCAGUGUUUAAGGAAAGAGUUCCAACUGAUAAAAGUAUUCCAUCCUCUGUGGAUGCUCCACAGGGUAGAAUUGAUGGCUUGGAAAGGUCAGCUGACAAAGUUGCUAUUUCUAAUCAAAGAAGAAAUGAGGGUUUGGUCUCUUCACAUGUAUCACAGAAGGAAAGAAGUCCUAGUGACAAGUUGGCGCCAGAUCUCAAUAGUACAGCGCAAAGAGGAAAUGGUGGUAUGGCACUACCUCUGGAGAAAUGGGUGGAUUCUGUUCCAAGACAAUUUGAGGGCCCAUACCCUGCAGCUGCUAUGGAAAUUGAUAAUUACAAGAGUAACAAAGUUACCUCAAGUUCCACUAACGCUGUUCAAAGAACCACUAAUGGGAUGGGUCAGCCAACGCAGAACCUUUCCACUCCUAAAAAUGUUGACUCCAUUGGCCUUGCCAGUAAGAUGGAGGACAGAAGAGAAGUUAACAAAACUGAUCCAAACCAUGACCUUAUGGAUCAAAGAAGAAUUGAUAGGAUGGGCCGAUCAGUGGAGAAGGAUGCAAACAACCGGAUUAAGGAGGAGAAAGCGAGGAACACAGAGCGGGAAGCUGAUGAUAGGAGAGAAGAUAGACAGAGGGAUAAGGAUAAUGACAAGAAGAAGAUCAAGGAUAAAGACAAGCACAAAGGGAAAGAAAAAGAAAAGGCGAAAGUAAAAGAGAAAGGUGAACAUAAACAUAAAGAACAAAUUGGGCCUAGAGAUGUCAUGAAAAAGGAUCAGUCAGAUAGUCUCAAUCUAAAGCCUUUAGCCCCUCAGAGAGAUAAUGCAAAAAAUUAUCCUAUCAAUGAUAAUUUCAAGAAGAGAAAGGAAAUGGAUAUAAAUGGGUUCCAUAGUGAGAAUAAUAUGCGGAUUGACAAGUGUCCAAGAACAAAUCCUUCCUCUCACCUCCGUGAAGAGAAUGGGAGGACACUGGAAUCAUCCCAUAUUGCUACAGUUUUUCCUUCAGUAAAACCUGAAGCCAUAAGGUAUACGCCGACGGUAAAACCUGUAGAUAACAAGGAACACAAGAUAAAUGGCAUUGCAGAAGCUCAGCCAUCCUUGUCUGGCUUGACGCAUCUGGUUGCUGCAAAGAAGGGUGCAGCUGGUAAAGUUGAUACAAGUCCUCACCCGGACUCCAUGUAUCUCAACCAAGUAUACUCUAUCCCCAUAGUGGAUGAAUGGCCUGAAUAUGAUGACCAAGAGUGGCUUUUCAGCAGCUGUCACCUUCAGCAAAAGCCGAAGUCAAAGCUUGGGGGCAAUGAGGUCCCCCAGGUAUGGUCUGAGGCACUAAAAAUCGAGCAGGAGGAUGUCGUCGCUUUGCCUUAUGUCGUUCCUUACUGAUACCGGUUAUUCUCAUUAUGCCUGAUUCAUCUUAAAAGAUAUGGCGGCAUGAAUGAAAAUAGUUGAUCUGUUCAUUUUGCUGCCUUCAGUUCCUCCAUGCCUGUUAUUUCUGGUAUGACCUCAAACUUGUUGCAGUUUGAACAUACUAGUGUUCUUCACGGCAUAUUCAUUUCAGGUAGAACGGAGUUACUCUACCCUGCCGCCCUUCAAGUCCAUUUGACUAGGGGUGCCAUAUUGCCGGAUCAUAUUGUUGCUUCAAGUGGCUUGAAGUGUGAGCUCCUUGUGGGAGGAGGGAGGAGGGAGGAGGGAGGUGAGGGGCGUUGCCGCUCUAAUGCACAAUUUUGGACUGUAUUAAUGUAUAUCAUUUUAUAAAAAGAACUGUACAAUGGAGAAGGGGAGGGUGAGAAGAUAAUGGAAGUGGCUAUUGUCAUUCAUUCAUAUAAUUUUUGCAGCUACUGUAGUUCUCGUGGUAAAUAUUAAGCAUGCAAAUUCUCACA